UCAACAUGCCUGAACCAGCGAAGUCCGCGCCCAAGAAGGGCUCCAAGAAAGCCGUAAAUAAGACCGCCGGCAAGAGCGGAAGGAAGCGCCGCAGGCCGAGGAAGGAGAGCUACGCCAUCUACGUCUACAAGGUACUCAAGCAGGUGCACCCCGACACCGGCAUCUCGUCCAAGGCUAUGGGCAUCAUGAACUCGUUUGUCAGUGACAUCUUCGAGCGCAUUGCCGGCGAGGCGUCCCGCCUGGCUCACUACAACAAGCGCUCCACCAUCACCUCCAGGGAGAUCCAGACCGCCGUCCGCCUGCUGCUGCCCGGGGAGCUGGCCAAGCACGCCGUGUCCGAGGGCACCAAGGCCGUCACCAAGUACACCAGCUCCAAGUAAAACAAGCUGCUCCAGCUUCAACAACUCAAAGGCUCUUUUAAGAGCCACCCACUUCUACUGAGAGAGUGA